AGACUGAACCUCUAGUGAAUUAAAGGGUUAGUUCAGAAUCUGGAAAGUGGAUUAAAGGGACAGAUCGCGGUGUUUCGAAGUGAAUAAAGGGAUUGCUCACAAUGCCAGAACAUGUGCCUAUCAAGUCUUAUGUGUUUUUCGACUGUGAAACCACGGGGCUCACAGCUCCCCGUAUCACCGAGAUCUCCUUCGUUGCAGUACAUCUAGCCGAACUAGAACUGUACUGCAAACAUCUUCAAACCCUAGUUCAAGCUCAGAUGUCUGGAAAAGGGAAUGUGAACGGUUUUGCUCGACAUGCUUAUCCAAGAGUACUAAGCAAGCUGACCCUGGCGGUAAAUCCAAUGAAGAGAAUUGAUCCAAUGGCGGAGGAAAUAACAGGAUUAAGUAAUUACAGCUUGGAACACCAGGCUAAAUUUAAAGAUGGGCCCGCGCAAACCAUUGGAAGAUUCCUUGAAUCGUUGGGCGGGCCUGUUUGCCUGGUGGCGCACAAUGGAAACCGGUUUGAUUUCCCUGUACUGCAGAAGGAGAUGGAGAGAGCUGGACUGAAACUACGUGAAGAUAUCCUGGGAGUGGAUUCUAUUGUUUUUUUGAGAGAUUUCUACAAAAAGAGAGAAAUCCAGACCAGCGGAUUCACGCCAGAAUCUUUUUCCAAAGUUGCCCGUCCUCUCCCCUUUACAGAGGUCAAGAUACCCAACACUUCCGCUAUAGCAGCUCUAGAACCGGAAAUCACAAAAAACGAAACCCAGAAACCGGACACUGACAAAACACAGACAAGCCCAAUAUUAAAAUUGCCUGGCCGGGAUGGGUUGGUAACUAACCCGGAAUCUGAAGCGCUUCUAGCUGUUCUUGAAGCUGAACAUGAAGCUAAACGCUGGACAACCCAGAGACCGGAAACUAAGGCACUGAUGAAAUUAUCGGUGAUAGAUAAUUUUUUAGCUGAAGCUGAUUAUAAAGCUAAACUGGAAGUUCGGCGCAAGACACCUCAUGACUCCCAGCCUCAUUUUUCUCUUGAACUUCCAGAGAUAGAGGAUGAUGAGAAUAAGAAUGAGAAUGAGCAAUCUUGUGUCUGUGAAGAAGGUGAUACAGAAAUUUGCAUUUACUGUGAGAGAGAAUUUAUUAUUUACAUUCAAUCUGGCAAUGACUCAAGUUCCGUCUUUUCUCAAGAAGAUUGUUCCAGCAUAUCAUCUAGAGCCGAUGAGUGCCUUCUGAAUGUACUCCACUGUAGCCAUGAAUUUUCUACUCCCACUAAACAAGAUGGACUCCUACAGCAGUCUCCUUUCAUGACUCCACCUCAUAGCGCUAAAAAACGCCCCGGAUUGAAAGAAGAUGGUAACGAAAUCGAGAUUAAGAUGACUAAACCUGAUGUCCUCAGUUCUCCACUUCAAGCUAAACCUGACGUUCUUUAUCCUCCUCUGCAAAAUAAACCUCUAUCGUUUAGUUUACCAGCAGUUUACAAACAUCUUUUCGGAGAGGAGCCAGAACAAAGCCAUGGGUCAGAAAUAGAUUCUCUAGUACUCAUGAAGAUUCUGGCCAUGUACAGUACUGCAUUUUCUCAGUGGGCAGGAGAGAACGCAACACUCUUGACCAAUAUGAAAGCUAGGAAAUGAAGAAUACGAUACAAAACUGAACGGCCGAAAGACAGA